AUGGCACCGACUCUAUCAGCUAUGCAAUCAUUUGCUAUUCGCUGUAGUGGAAAAUGGCCAAGGACUAAAGUUUUCUUUAAGGCUGAGAGAGGGUAUCGAAAUGCUUUGGGUAGAAACAUGAGGUUUACUAAUUUCAUCUUCAGGAUAUCAUCUCGAUCGAAGCAUACAUUUGUGGAAAGGUUGUUUGAAGAAGUAGACCAGCAUGGCAGACAAAUCACAUCAAAUGGGUCAAAAUUGCUUAAUAAGGUAUCAGCGCUCAUGGGUUAUGAUGGUUUUCGUGAUUUAAUCGAGAAUGAAGCUGAAAAGCAAUUUAGUGGGAAUGCCAAAGAUGCUAUGGAUGAUUUUGAUGUCUCCUUGGCUUGUAAAAGAUUUCCAUCCAUUGUUUUGGGUAGUUUUCCUCCAGUGGAACUGUAUGAUGAGUCUGAAAUGAACAGCCUUUUAGCAGUUACAAGUCUGGAAGGAUUUCUUCCAAAUGGUAUGGGUGUGAAAUGUGUUGAUCCAGAUACUAUUCAUGAACAGUGGGCUGCUCCACACACCCUUUCAAAUGUGAACUUUUCCAUGCCAAAAGAAUUAAGAGAUGAAAGUUCAUACAUAACAAGUGAAUUUAGGGAAGAAAAUAUGUACACAUCAAAAGAAUUAAAAGGAGAAAAUUUUCACAGUUUGCCUUUAUAUUCUCCGGACAUGACUUUGGAAACUGAAGAAAAAUUAGGUCAUAAAAUUGGCAUGGAAGAAUCUACUACCAAAGUGGAGCCUGAAUCACAAGUAAAUGUUGCAUAUCUUGAUAAACCUAUCAGUUGCCUACCUGGGCUAAGUACUAGGCAACGCCGUCAGCUGGAAAACUGUGGUUUUCACACGGUGGUUGAAAUAAGACAGGGGCUCACAUUCAUGCAGUUGCGGAAGUUGCUGCAACAUUUCCCUCGAACCUAUGCUGAUUUGCAGAACGCACAUUUUGGAAUCGAUGAUGGACAGUAUUUGAUUUCUGUUGGGAAAGUAACAUCUUCCAGGGCUGUUAAAGCCAGUUAUUCAUUGGCAUUUGCUGAAGUGAUUGUGGGUUGUGAGAUUGUUAAUAAUGAAUCUAAGCCUGUGAUUGAUAACAAUAAUACUGGAGGAAAAAAAACUAUUUAUUUACACCUUAAGAAAUAUUUUCGCGGUACUCGUUUUACUUGUCUACCUUUUCUUAAAAGACUCGAAGAGAAGCACAAAUUGGGAGAUGUUGUCUGCGUUAGUGGUAAGGUUAGAACCAUGGGUAAUAAAAAUGAUCACUAUGAAAUAAGAGAAUACAAUAUUGAUGUACUGAAAGACGAAGAAGAUUCAUCUUUGAUUGCGGAAGGGAGGCCCUAUCCUAUAUACCCUUCAAAGGGAGGCUUAAAUCCUGAUUUUCUUCGGGAUACUAUUUCAAGAGUUGUACGAGUUCUGCUUGCUGAUGUUGAUCCUAUUCCAAAAGAAAUCAUUCAGGACUUUGGACUUUUACGUCUCCAUGAAGCAUAUAUUGGGAUCCACCAGCCAAAGAAUGCAGAGGAGGCUAAUUUAGCUCGCAAAAGGCUUAAUUUUGAUGAGUUCUUUUAUCUACAGUUGGGGCGCUUAUUCCAAAUGCUUCAAGGUCUUGGUUCACGAAUGGAGAAAGAUGGACUGCUGGACAAGUACAGAAAACCUGAGUUAAAUGCCGUUUAUAUGGAAGAGUGGUCUAAUCUCACCAAGAAAUUCGUGAAGGCUCUUCCAUAUUCCCUUACUCCUAGCCAGCUAAGUGCUGCUUCACAAAUUAUAUGGGAUCUGAAGCGACCAGUUCCCAUGAAUCGACUCUUGCAGGGUGAUGUUGGAUGUGGGAAAACGAUUGUAGCUUUUCUGGCUUGUAUGGAGGUUAUUGGUUCUGGUUAUCAGGCAGCUUUCAUGGUUCCAACUGAGUUGCUUGCGAUCCAACAUUAUGAACACUUGCUUAAUUUGCUCGAGACUAUAGAGGAAGACCAGUCAAAGCCUUCUGUUGCUUUAUUAACAGGAUCAACCUCAGUGAAACAAUCGCGGAUGAUUCGUAGGGAUCUCCAAACUGGAGACAUCUCCAUGGUCAUUGGAACCCACAGUUUGAUAUCUGAGAACAUAGAAUUCUCUGCUUUACGCAUUGCUGUAGUAGACGAGCAACAACGCUUUGGUGUGAUCCAGAGAGGAAGGUUUAAUAGUAAGCUAUACCAUAGCCCUCUAAGUUCAAGAAUGUCAGCAUCCAGCACAGAUGUGUCUUCAAAAGGUGAUGUCCAUAUGGCCCCACAUGUUCUUGCCAUGUCUGCCACUCCCAUCCCAAGGACACUUGCUCUGGCAUUAUAUGGGGAUAUGUCUUUAACACAAAUAACUGACUUGCCUCCUGGAAGAAUUCCGGUCGAAACAUAUAUUUUUGAAGGAAAUUAUGAUGGCUUUGAGGAUGUCUACAAGAUGAUGCGAGAUGAGUUAGAGACAGGGGGGAGAGUGUAUCUUGUCUACCCAGUCAUUGAACAAUCAGAACAACUGCCUCAGCUACGUGCUGCUGCUACUGAUCUUGAAGUUAUAUCUCACAGGUUUCAGGGUUACAACUGUGGGCUGUUGCAUGGAAAAAUGAAGAGUGAUGAUAAAGAUGAAGCAUUGAAACGAUUUAGAUCCGGAGAAACACACAUACUGCUUUCCACUCAAGUAAUUGAGAUUGGUGUUGAUGUUCCAGAUGCAUCUAUGAUGGUUGUUAUGAAUGCUGAAAGAUUUGGAAUAGCUCAGUUGCACCAACUUAGAGGACGGGUUGGACGUGGGGCAAGGAAGUCCAAAUGUUUAUUGGUGGCAUCUACAACGAGCAGCCUUGACCGUCUGAAAGUGCUGGAGAAGUCAUCAGAUGGUUUUUAUUUGGCAAAUAUGGAUCUUCUUCUCCGCGGACCUGGCGACUUGCUUGGGAAAAAGCAAUCAGGACAUCUUCCAGAGUUUCCUAUUGCCAGAUUGGAGAUAGAUGGGAAUAUUUUGCAAGACGCACAUGCUGCAGCACUGAAAGUUCUUGGUGAUUCUCAUGAAUUGGAGAGAUUUCCAGCACUCAAAGCAGAGCUUAGUAUGCGACAACCACUAUGUCUUCUUGGGGAUUGA